GCUGAAUCACUUCAUCCAUUUGUACCCAGAAUGCAAAGUGACACACCGAAAAACCUCAGCAGCCUCGAGCUCUCCAGGUUAUCAUGGCGAUAAGAGACACAUCCCCCCCUUGAGUCCCCGGCAGCGGCAGCGACGGCAACAAAAGCGGCUCUUUACCCUCCGCUACGUAAAAAACAAACCACACGCAACGGGUCCCAUGCAGCGGACUCUUACCCGGGACUGAGGAAAGGACACACAGCGCGCGAGGCACCGCCAUGGCAGCGUCGGAGCUGUACACAAAGAGGGCUCGGGUGUGGAUCCCCGAUGCCGAGGAGGUGUGGAAGUCCGCCGAGCUCAACAAGGACUACAAAAAUGGCGACGCCUCCCUGCAGCUCAUGCUGGAGGAUGGAACGAACAUCGAGCACAAGCUGGACCCCAAGACCAAGAACCUUCCUUACCUGCGUAACCCCGACAUCCUGGUGGGCGAGAAUGACCUCACAGCACUCAGCUACCUCCACGAGCCGGCCGUGCUGCACAACCUCAAAGUCCGCUUCAUGGACUCCAAGCUCAUCUACACUUACUGUGGAAUCGUCCUGGUGGCCAUCAACCCGUAUGAGACGCUGGGUAUCUACGGCUCGGACAUCAUCAACGCGUACAGCGGUCAGAACAUGGGAGACAUGGACCCACAUAUCUUUGCUGUGGCCGAGGAGGCUUACAAACAGAUGGCCAGGGACGAGAGGAACCAGUCGAUCAUUGUCAGUGGGGAGUCCGGAGCAGGAAAGACGGUGUCGGCCAAAUACGCCAUGAGAUACUUUGCUACGGUCAGCGGCUCCACCAGCGAGGCCAACGUGGAGCAGAAGGUCUUGGCUUCCAACCCCAUCAUGGAGGCCAUUGGAAAUGCAAAGACCACCCGAAAUGACAACAGCAGUCGCUUCGGGAAAUACAUCGAGAUCGGCUUCGACACGCGCUACCGUAUCAUCGGCGCCAACAUGAGGACGUAUCUGCUGGAGAAAUCACGGGUGGUGUUUCAGGCUGACGAGGAAAGGAAUUAUCACAUCUUCUAUCAGCUCUGUGCAUCAUCCCAUCUGCCUGAGUUCAAGAUGCUGAAGCUGAGCAGCGCAAACGACUUCUUGUACACCAGGCAGGGCCGGAGCCCGGUGAUCGACGGCGUGGACGACACAAAGGAGCUGUCCUCCACUCGAAAAGCCUUCACAUUGCUCGGUAUUAAUGAAUCCAAUCAGAUGGGUUUGUUCCAGGUCCUGGCUGCAAUUCUUCAUCUGGGGAACGUGGAGAUAAAGGACAGAGACUCAGACAGCAGCGUCAUUCCACCCAACAAUGGCCACCUGACAGCAUUCUGCGAUUUGGUGGGCGUGACCUACCAGGACAUGUCUCAGUGGCUGUGCCACAGGAAGCUGAAGACGGCCACGGAGACGUAUAUCAAGACCCUGCCCCGCCUGCAGGCCACCAACGCCCGCGACGCGCUGUCCAAACACAUCUACGCUAAGCUCUUCAACUGGAUCGUGGAGCACGUUAACAAAGCCCUAAUCACCAAUUUUAAACAACACUCCUUCAUCGGGGUCCUUGACAUCUACGGGUUUGAGACAUUUGAGAUCAACAGCUUUGAGCAGUUCUGUAUCAACUACGCCAACGAGAAACUCCAGCAGCAGUUCAACAUGCACGUGUUCAAGCUGGAGCAGGAGGAGUACAUGAAGGAGCAAAUCCCCUGGACUCUGAUUGACUUCUACGACAAUCAGCCCUGCAUCAACCUCAUAGAGGCCAAGAUGGGCAUCCUGGACCUGCUGGACGAGGAGUGCAAGAUGCCCAAAGGUUCCGAUGAUUCUUGGGCUCAGAAGCUCUACAACACCCACCUGAAGACCUGCUCGCUCUUCGAGAAGCCACGCAUGUCCAACCGCGCUUUCAUCAUUCAACAUUUCGCCGACAAGGUGGAGUACCAAUGUGACGGCUUCCUGGAGAAGAACAAGGACACAGUGAAUGAAGAACAGAUCAAUGUGCUGAAGGCCAGCAAGUUUCCCCUGCUGGUGGAGCUGUUCCACGACGGGGAGAAAGCCAUCAGUCCCACUGGUCAGGUCCCCGGCACCGGAGGCCGCACGCGCCUCAGCAUCAAACCUGAGAAGGGCCGCGAGAAGAGCAGCAAGGAGCACAAGAAGACUGUCGGCUGCCAGUUUCGUAACUCGCUGCAGAUGCUGAUGGAGACUUUGAACGCAACGACUCCGCACUACGUGCGCUGCAUCAAACCCAACGACUUCAAGCUGGCCUUCUCGUUUGAUCCUAAACGCGCGGUGCAGCAGCUCAGAGCCUGCGGCGUCCUGGAAACCAUCCGCAUCUCUGCUGCAGGUUUCCCAUCCAGAUGGACGUACCAGGAGUUCUUCAGCCGAUACAGAGUACUGAUGAAGCAGAAGGACGUGUUACCUGACAAGAGGUUGACCUGCAGAAAUGUUCUGGAGCAUCUGGUGCAGGACCAGGACAAAUAUCAGUUUGGAAAGACCAAGAUCUUCUUCCGGGCUGGCCAGGUUGCUUACCUGGAGAAGUUGAGGGCGGAGAAGUUGCGCGCUGCCUGCAUUCGCAUCCAGAAAACCAUUCGCUGCUGGCUGGCACGCAAGAAGUACCUGCGCAAGCGCAGCGCUGCCGUCACCAUCCAGAGGUUCACCAGAGGGUACCAGGCUCGCUGCCUGGCCAAGUUCAUGCGUCGCACACAGGCGGCCACCACCAUCCAGAAGUACCAGCGCAUGUGCGUGGAGAAGAAACGCUACAGACAGAAGCAGGCUGCCGCUCUGGUCAUGCAGACAAUCCUCAGAGCUUACAUGGCCCGGCAGAAGUACCGGGCGUUACUGCGGGAAAGUAAGGUGGUGAUCAUUCAGAAACGCGUCCGUGGCUGGUUGGCUCGCUGCUGGUACAAGCGCUGCCUCGUCUCCCUGGUCUACCUGCAGUGCUGCUUCCGCAGGAUGAAGGCCAGGCGCGAGUUGAAGAAGCUGAAGAUCGAGGCUCGCUCGGUGGAGCACUUCAAGAAGCUCAACAAAGGCAUGGAGAACAAGAUCAUGCAGCUGCAGAGGAAACUCGACGAGCAGAACAAAGAAAACCGACUGGUCAACGAGAGGCUAGUCGGUCUGGAGAACACCUACACAACGGAGAGCGAGCGGAUGCGUGGCGAGCUGAGCCGGCUCCGAGGGGCGGAGGAGGACGCCAAGAACAAAGGCCACCAAGUGACCUCGCUCCUGGAGGAGCUGGAGAAGCUGAGGAAGGAGCUGAGUUCCACACAGAAGGAGAAGAAGACCAUCGAGGACUGGGCGCAGACCUACAGGAGCGAAAUGGAGAAAAUGGUCUCGGAGCUGAAGAAUCAGAAUGGCUCGUUGAAGAAAGAGAAGGACGACUUGAACAGGUUGAUUCAGGAACAGAGUCAGCAGAUGACAGAGAAAAUGGCCCGUGCGAUACUAGAGGAGACUCAGCAGCUGAAGACCGAUCUGAACGAGGAGCGAUCUCGCUACCAGAAUCUCCUGACGGAGCACCUCCGUCUGGAGGAGAAAUACGACGACCUGAAGGAGGAGAUGGUUUCCUCGAACGUCUCCAAGCCCGGUCACAGGAGAACAGAUUCCACCCACAGCAGCAACGGAUCAGAGUACACGUACAACUCCGAGUGCACCGAGUUGGAAGAUGGUUCCCGUGCCACCGAGGAUGUGACACGAGGAAUCGACACCUCGCUGACCCUCAAGCUGCAGAAGCGUUUAACCGAACUGGAGCAAGAAAAGCAGUCGCUGCGCAACGAACUGGAAAACAAAGAGGACCAGUUCCAGCGGGCUAGAGCCAGGGAUGACGUAGAAUUUAAAAAGGCUCGUGGGGCAGAGCUGGAGUACGAGUCCCUGAAGCGUCAGGAGCUGGAGUCAGAGAACAAGAAACUGAGACAUGACCUGAAGGAGAUCAGGCAAAGCCUGGUGGGUAACGCAGCCACGGGCGCUGGGGCUCCGGGCUCCCCGGCCUACAAGGUGGUUCUGGAGCAGCUCAACGCCUCCUGUGAGGAGCUUGAGGUCCGUAAGGAGGAGGUGCUGAUCCUGCGCUCCCAGCUGGUCAGCCAGAAGGAAGCCAUGCACCACAAGGAUGAGAAGGAGACCAUGACCGAGCCGUCCGUCUACGUCGAGGAUGUGUCGAAGCUGAAGGACGCGGGUGAACUCAAGCAAGCUUACGUGGGCCUCAAAGACACCAACAGAUCUCCUAGGUUCACGCGUAAGCCGCUGGAAGUCAGCGAUCUCCUGAGUAGGCUGAGAUCUGCCGCUCCAGACUUCCAUAAGCUGAAUGAGGACGGAGAGCUGUGGCUGGUUAAUCAGGGCUUAAAGGAAACCAUCAGGCUACUGGAGCACCAGCUGCAGACUCAGCGGAGAGGUUACGACAGCGAGGUGGAGUCACUGCGCGGCGAGCUGCAGAAUGUCAAGGAGGAGAACAACCGGCAGCAGCAGCUCCUGGCCCAAAACCUGCAGCUGCCACCGGAGGCCCGAAUCGAAGCCAGUCUGCAGCACGAGAUCACCCGGCUCACCAACGAGAACCUGGAACUCCUGGCUGAAGACCCCACAGCAUCCCGAGAAGCUCGAGUCAUCAUUUUACGACGGAUGGUUGAUCUGAUGGAGCAGCUGGAGAAGCAGGACCGAACCAUCCGCAAGCUCAAGAAGCAGCUGAAGGUUUACUCCAAGAGGAUCGGCGAGAUGGGGGCGGGUCAAACCGAGGGACAGACGUCUCCGGGACAGAUGGUGGACGAGCCGAUUCACCCGGUCAACAUUCCUCGCAGGGAGAAAGAUUUCCAAGGGAUGCUAGAGUACAACAAGGAGGAUGAGCUCAAGCUGGUCAAGAACCUCAUCCUGGAGCUGAAGCCUCGCGGUGUGGCUGUGAAUCUGAUCCCAGGUCUGCCGGCCUACAUCCUGUUCAUGUGUCUGAGACAUGCAGACUACGUCAACGAUGACCAGAAGGUCCGCACCCUGCUCACCUCAACCAUCAACAGUAUUAAGAAGAUCCUCAAGAAACGAGGAGACGACUUUGAGACGGUCUCCUUCUGGCUGUCGAACACAUGUCGCUUUUUACACUGUCUGAAACAAUACAGCGGAGACGAGGCUUUCAUGAAGCACAACUCGCAGAGGCAGAAUGAGCACUGUCUGUCCAACUUCGACCUGGCAGAGUACCGACAGGUGAUCAGCGACCUGGCCAUCCAGAUCUACCAGCAGCUGAUCAAAUGCAUGGAGAACAUCCUCCAGCCCAUGAUAGUUUCUGGCAUGCUGGAACACGAGACCAUCCAGGGGGUGUCUGGGGUGAAGCCCACGGGCCUCCGCAAGCGUACGUCUAGCAUCGCGGACGAGGGAACCUACACCCUGGACUCCAUCCUGCGGCAGCUCAGCGCCUUCCACUCUACCAUGUGCCAGCACGGCACCGACCCCGAGCUCAUCAAGCAGGUGGUGAAGCAGCAGUUCUACAUCAUCGGAGCAGUCACCCUCAACAACCUGCUGCUACGCAAGGACAUGUGCUCCUGGAGCAAAGGCAUGCAGAUCAGGUACAAUGUGAGUCAGCUGGAGGAGUGGCUCAGAGACAAAGGUCUGAUGACUUUCGGAGCCAAGGAGACUCUGGAGCCUCUGAUCCAGGCCGCUCAGCUGCUGCAGGUGAAGAAAAAGACUGACGAGGACGCUGACGCCAUCUGCUCCAUGUGCCUGGGGCUCACCACAGCUCAGAUUGUGAAGGUCUUGAACCUCUACACUCCAGUCAACGAAUUUGAGGAGAGAGUAUCAGUGUCAUUCAUACGAACCAUACAGACUCGCUUGCGAGAUCGUUGUGAGAGUCCCCAGUUGUUGAUGGACACAAAGAUGAUUUACCCGGUCACCUUCCCGUUCAGCCCUUCAUCCCUCGCCCUGGAGACCAUCCAGAUCCCCAGCUCGCUCAACCUGGGCUUCCUCACCCGCGUCUAAUCGCAGGCCCCACAGGACACCGCACCAUCGAUGUAGUGGCCACAGUUGGAAUUGCAAGUCAAAAAAAAGAAAUCGGAUUCAUAUUCACAUAGUUUGAGCAAUUAUGUCCCCAAAAAAAUAAGUGAAGUUUCUGAUUCAAAACCUGGAUUAUAAAUCACUUAAAACAUCAGCUGACUGAUCCUGAACGUUGACACAGAGAAAAACCCAAUCACGCGCUGAACAACACACAUCUGUAAAAUACUCUGAACGCACACAUGCACGCCAACACUCAUGUGCACUUUCUCUCAUACAAAAUGCUCAAAUACACGUGACAUUCUUCUACCCCCCCCCCCUCGGUGGCUGCAGCUGGUUUAAUUCUGCAUCCGUCCACUGCUUGUACAAACGCCCGCGUCUUAGAGAAGCCACCGGAGCAGGUCUACGCCUCCGGUACUCGCUCUGCCUCGACCAGCUGGGUCCGCUUGACGACACCGGCUCUCCCCUUUCAGUGUUUCAUUUAGCUGACACACCCAGUUGGGCUGAUUUAAAAAAGAAAAAAAAAAAGAAAAUCUUGUCAUCAUCUAAUUUUCCUUUGAGAAUGUGUACGUAACAACCCGCGGGAGCCCUGACGUAGGUGUCGAGACCUCACAAACUGUAGUUCAGCUAUGAAUGUCGGGUCUAUGCUUCAUAGGCAAACCGAAAUGCUGCGUCGCAGUAGGAAGCCAGCAGAGUGACACCCCGCUAAAGUCUCUCCGUCCCAUGUGGAGGCCGCCUGGACCAUCGUCAUUACCCUCCCUGAACACAGUUGAGCCAAGACACAACUCAUCGUCUGUACUAUAUUAUUUAUACAUAUAUAAAUAUGAAUAAUAUAUAUCAUGUAUUUUAUUUAUUGCAUUCACCUCCGUCCCCUUGAAUAGAUCAGAAGCUUUCUCUUUGCAGUAAACAUGUCUGAUAUAUGAAGGCUGGGACCAUCGUCUCCCAGGAGCUUUAUAAGGGCCGUGUUUGGUCCAUUGUAGGCUGUUUAUGUCAAUAUCAGGUCAAUUAUGUAAUCUAGGUUAAGGAGUGCCGGCACAGGUGGUUAUUUGUUAGGUCACGUCUUACCGUAGGUAUGUCGCUCCCUCGUGUUUAUCCUGCAUUUCACGCGGAUGAAGUGUAGCACGGGUUUUAACUGAGAAGAGGUUCGGAAGGUACGCGGUUUAAGCUCUGAGAAGCGUUUAACCGGCUAACGUGUACGCCGUUUACAGCUGUGACCAGAGCUCACACACACACACACACACACAGCAGGACUCUGCUGCGUCGCCCGGGAGCUCGUCUUCAUUCUCCGGUCACAGCUGUACUCACUGCUUCCCAGCUGUUUUACUAUUAUCAACGUGGAAAAUAUUUAUUUCAGUGUCGUCAUUUUUCUUAAGCAUUGAAGCUAUGUGUAUUAUAAAGCCAUGUAUCACUGAGCGCAAGGGACAGAAAAGGUCUCUCUGAUGUUUCUCUCCUAUCUGUCCAGACCAGUGUCUUCUGCUUUAUUCCCAGAGGAACACUAGCUGCAGCUUAGGGGUCUGAUUCCUCUCUUGUCCUUCCUGCCUUCCUGUCCAGUGGCUAGGAAAGCCUUUUUAUAACCACAAUCAUUAGAUUUUGUGCAAACUGCACUUCUCCCACGUCUCAAUUUCAUGGGGUCACUGACGUGGAAAGAUAUUUUUGUCUCUUCCGUCCGGGUGCUGCGAUUGUUUUGGCUCAGAUACGCAGACUUUAUAUUAGCUAUUUGGUGCUUGCUUUCAAAAGCUGCGGGUGGCGUCGUAGCACAGAUGUUGUACCACAGUGUGUUGCACCACAAUGUGGCACAACAUCUGCACAGCGUGCGCUGCGGCCGCCGCCCUCGUCCAGCCUGCUGCACAGGCUCGGCUUUACCAGCACUGCUACGUACCGGAAAUGAACCCCAAUGCUUUUUGUUCGUUUAGUUCUUUGAACAGAGAGACCUAGCAGAGGGGCGUGGGAUCAUUUCCCGGGAAUCUGCCCGUGUCGUUGCAGAACUUUCCUUUGUCUGCGUCCACGUGGUCCGAGCUGCCUCGUGCUUUGCUGGCUCGCCCGUCGACUUCCCGCUCUGCCAUUAGUAUUAACAGUCUACCAAAUUUGCCUCUUGCCCUCGUGUGAACCUUAUUUUUUUGCCCGAUGACCUCAUCCUUUCACAGACUUUUGUUAAGGUGCUUAUAGUAUAUUGCACAUAGAAGAUUGUGAAUGGUCAUCAAAACUGGACUCACUUUGUCUUUUGAUGUCUGUUUAGUUUUAAACCGAACAACAGAAGGAGACUCAGGAAGUAUCCCAUAUGAAUUAACACUAAAAACACAUGUUAAGUGGAGUGAAGAGAAGGUAGUAGGUGAAGUUGUUUUGGGUUUAACUCGUAUUCUUCCAUAUGCUCUCGUUGGGACGACACGUUGUCAGUCCGUCUUCAUUAUAUCAUUUGGAUUAAUAGGUCGUUAAAAUGUAAGAGAAGCAGCGUAACUGAGGGAAUUAUUUAGUCACAUGAAUGUUUCACAUUGUGUAUCAGGAUUUUAGUUUCACAUUGUUGGACCAAGCCUUAUCUGAAUGAUUUGCUAUCUAAAUUACUUAAACACCUGAUCAAUAUUGUGACAUUGUUUUGUUCUUCACUGUAGUGAAGUGAAUAUAAAUAGUUAAAUGUGGUCAUUUCUUUAUUUCGAUAGGGUGUCCUUUUGUCCCAAGGUUGGUGUCACAGUCGGGUCGCACUGUUCAGCCAUCAGUCCAGAUGCACUUUUUCUUUUUUAGACACCGCUGGGGUUGCAGUUGGAUAAAUGAUGAAUAGACGAGGACUGUAAAAACCUCUUCCCAACACCUGUUUUUCUGACCUGUGACGCAUUAAUCUCCCUCUUCCACAUUCCCUCUGCAAGUCGGCGCUUCACUUUCUUAGUGUUUUUUUUGGUUUGUUUUGUUUCUUGCUGCUUUGUUAAAACUAGGAAUUAAUUCAAGCCACAGGUAAGAAGACAAACACCUCUCACCUUGGUCAGUCCAUCCUUCUGGACCGAUGUACCGAAGGGCGCAGAAAAACCCCAAUGACAAUAACCAGGGGCUCUCACAGAGGAGAACGCGCCAUUCCUUCACUCUGCGUUUCUACACGUUGACAUUAUUAAUGACCAUUGUUCUUAUCAGCACUAGCGUUGAUUGUGCCAUUUAAAAAAUGUCAAAAAAAUGUCAAAAAGUGAACAUCCAGUAAAUCAUGACCCCAGCUGUUGUGGUACUGGUGUGAAGAUGCUGAAACCGGUCCCAGAUGUUUCCUCCCUGACCCAAACUGGACUGUUAGUAGAUUCUGGUAGCUGUGCUUAGUGAAUGUGUUCACCGUUAAGGAACUUGGAAUAAAUUGUCAAAUCUGUAAAAGUAAAAUAAAAUAAUUCAGCACUG